AUGCCCAACGGUCAGAAGCUGCCGAUUACGGAAGACUGUGGCGCCUACAUCGUGUGUGAGUACAACGUGCAGAAGAUACAGCGCUGCACCGCCGGCACCCUGUUCGAUCCGGUAGCGAUGGUGUGCAAUUGGGCCAGCUUCGUGAAGUGCGGUCAAACGCCGUCCUUGCCGCCAUCAUUUGUGCCACCGUCCUCGCCGGCGAUCCCAACUGCCCCGACGCCGCCUCGAAUACCAUCGAUCGCCACUAACCCUACCUUCUUCCCGAACAUACCCACUGUGCCCACUGCGGCCCCAACCGCACCAGCUCCCAAUCCCGGUCAGCCUCCCUUCAUACCGACCGCUCCAACCGCGCGGCCGACAGCGUCUACCACCGCUCGUGCAACUACCACACUUCGUACCACGAUGGCCACUCCGCCACCUUCCAAUCUCAACCCGUACCCUUACUGCACCCCGGACGAGUUCAGCUUCAUCGCGCAUCCGUCGGCCUGCGAAAGCUACUAUAUCUGUGCCUACGGGAACCUGAUUCUGCAUAGCUGUGGCAAUGGCGUCUACUGGAAUACGGCCACCAACCAGUGCGACUUCCCGCAAAACACCGACUGCACCAAUCUGCCGAAUCCUGCUGCGCCUGAAACUUCCACUCCGUCUAUUGAAACAACGACGGUAUCCAGCACUCCCGAUUGCGUGGGCACCGAGAUCUUCCAUCCCAACUACGCCGACUGUAGCAAGUAUUUCAUCUGCAUCGGUCUGCACCCGAUCCUGAUGAGCUGUCCGAGCAGUUACCUGUGGAACAGCAAAAUCUCGCAAUGUGAUCUUCCCGCAACCUUCCUAGGACUUGGCAGCCUAUUGCUGCUGGUGGCGCUCGGUCACGCGUAUAACGAAAUAUGCAUUGGAGUGCCGGACCUCACCUACGUUCGCAGUCCCCAGGCGUGCUAUCUCUACUACGCCUGUAUCGAUGGGCAGGCUUACGGAUACACUUGCCCGGACGAUCUCUGGUUCUCGAUGGAACUGCAGCGAUGCGUGCCGCAAGCUGAAUCCGACUGUGACAUCGAGCAGCCGCCUGAGUUGCCAGAGGGCCCUCCUAGGCCCCCGUCGCCCGAGUGCGCAAAUGUGGAAGACUUCACCUACUUGGCCAGCACCACUUCUUGCCAGUUCUACUACCAGUGUAUCGACAACUUCGCCUACCUGCUGUCUUGUCCUCGCGGGUACUGGUUCAGUAUCGAGCUGGGGCGCUGCGGCAACCGGUACGAAGUAGAGUGUGGCAUCGAUGAACCCUCAACAACGACUUCGCCUGGCCCGACGACUACGAAUGCUUGUUUCGGGCGGCCCAACUUUUCCAACGCUCCACAUUCUGAUUGGUGUGACAUGUUCUUCUACUGUCUCAACGGUUCGCCGUUCCCGAUGAUCUGCCGAGUUGGAUUUUUCUUCGAUUUAGCAACCCUAACCUGCGUCCUCGAGCAGCAAGCGCAAUGUGAUGUGAAUCCUCCGAUUCCGCCCACCGGUUCACCUGCGGUUUGCGUUGGCCAACCAGACGGACACGUCAUGGGCUCUGACCUAUACUGCAAUCAGUACAUAACGUGCGUCGAUGAGGAGGCCUUCGUUUCGGACUGCGCGGAGAGUCAAUUUUUCGAUCGGGACCUGCUGGCGUGCGGCAGUCCGAUGGAUGCGUACUGCCCGCUAGGACCACCGACCACACCGACCCCGGACGUUUGCAGCGGCACCGACGACGGUGAGUACGUGGCCAGCCCUCAAAGCUGCGAAGCGUACUACGUGUGCUCCGGCGGCAUCGGAUACGUCCUUUAUUGUCCGCCCGACCUGUGGUUCGACCAGACCACUCGCGAAUGUGUUCCACCGGAGGACGCGCUGUGCGCCGUACCGACACCACCGACGGCCACCAGCUCGCCGGUCUCACCCACCAUUUCCACCAUCCCCACGCCAACGGGACCACCGGAAACGGGCAACGUGAUGUGCAACGGCAUCCCGAACGGCAUCUAUCUGCCCAGUCCAGACGAUUGUAGCCGAUUUUACAUUUGCUUCGACGGCAACGCCUAUCCCAGCAACUGUCUCGGUGGUCUGGUGUUCAACCCGGACACGAUGCUUUGCGAUUUGGCAGAAAACGUCGAAUGUAACACUACAAGCGAAUUUUCGACCCAAGUGCCCUCAACUACAAGCGAAUUACCCACUCCGGCUACGGUGGAUCCUCUCGAUCUGUGCGACGGACUGCCGAACUACAGCCUCGUUCCUAGUGCGACCUACUGCGAACGCUACUACACGUGCUACGAGGGGAGCCCUUAUCCACAGAAUUGUACGAACGGCUUGUGGUUCAAUCCCGACACCGAGGAGUGUGACGAUCCCGCGAACGUAGAGUGCGCCGCCGGAGGCCAACCUUCGAGCAUCGUGUAG